UCCCAAGUCAACCAACCUAGCUCAAAAGUCCAUUGAUAGAUUCAAAGUCCCAACAUUCAUCAUCAUUUCAAUUUUUUGACUCGAAGGUACUACUGCUUAGGUGUGCACCGGUGCACUACGAUUGUCUUAUUUCCUUCGGUCGGAUCAUUCAGCUACGCAAUACCGACCUUAGGGACCUACCCUCACUACUUUACGCAAACAUAAACCUUAACUUGGCUCGUCAACAACAACAAGAACAAGCCGCAGCAGCCAUGGCUACGAUGCCAUCGGCACCUGUCACUGCGGCUGCUGCCGCUUCGCGCUCCAAGCCGGCUGCCGCUCCUGCCAAACCCAUAUCCGCAGUGCGCCAGGUUCUGUCGCUGCCACCCCGCCUCUUACACAUGUAUGACGACUUUAUCAUCAAGAAUGCAAGCCAGGUGUCACAGAUCGAAAGCGCAUUGCGCUCAUUGACAUACGUUAUUCCCGGUCGCUUCCGCGAUGCUGAGAUAGCAUCUGAGUCUCUUCACUCGGGCGUCGGCCUUCUCUCCCUAUAUCACGAUCUCGUUCUACAGCAACGGGCCGCAUCACCCUCGUCUCCCAAAACUCAACAACAGCCAACUUCCGCCCGACCGGCACAUACGCGCUACACGACCUUCUGGUUUCAAAAGUCCCCGAUAUAUCGCCGCGUCGCCCUCGCGCUGCAGGUGGUUCAAUACACGCAGCUCCUGCUUGAGAUGGCUGCCAAACGCCGUGGCGACGAGCGUUUGCGCUGGCGGGUAGUCGUCCUCGUCGAGGCCUUCAAGGCUUUUUGCAAACUCAUUCUGCUCCGUAUCACCCGCGGCCGACCGCUCCUCUCCCCGCCCGUUCCGGAGCGACAGGUUCUACCCGAAGAAAAUCAAGACGACCUAGAUGGUGUCCCACCGGAAUUCGGAGACGAGCAAGGCGACGGUCAACACGAGAACGGCGUCUUGGUCAAUGGAAACGGCAAUGGUGCUGCCAAGACUAAUGGCCACGCCCACACAAACGGCAAGACGAUAGCAAAUCCAUCAUCCCCGCAAAAGGAGUGGUUCAUGCCACGGACGCAGGCUACCCUCCCCUCGCUUCCUUCCAAUUCGGACAUUGGCUCCUACCUUCUCUCGCGCGUCCUGACCGCCGACGACAUCAAGCCCGCCCCGAAGCUGCUCCGGCCGCUAUCCGGAGCCGCCCGCGCGGCCGAGGUUCUGCACAUCCUUGCCCCGCUCGUUUACGCCCUGACCCUAGCACACUUCUCCCUACGCGCAGCCGAGAAGGGCGCUUCGGGCAAGAAGAAGAGUGGCGCCGCAACCUGGACGCCAUGGCUGCUCGGUGUCGCCCUGUCCCUGGCCGCGCGGCAGCUGCGCGACCGGGGCUUUGGCGCCUCUGCCCUGGAGCGCGAGGAGUGGGACCGCCGCGGCUGGGGCGUCGGGUGGUGGGCCAUGCGCGGUGCUGCAUACGAGCACGUCGUCAAGGGCAUGGUCGAGGGUGUCAGGAAGAGGAUGCCGAGUUUCGUCGGCGGCGUGCUGGAGGACUACGAGUACCUGUGGGACAAUUACUACUUUAGCACGGCCGAUUAAGGCUAACUGCUACUGGCGGGGAGCUUACAGAACGGUACUUGAUGUGCAGUUUGUUGUGAGAAUCCAGAUGAUGGAUGGAUAUAUUCAUGUAUAACUUACCUGUUCUUGGCUGAUGUCAUGGUUUUGGAUUCGUGCUUGCCUUUGAUGUUGCGAUAAUAUAAUAUUCAUGAAAGUAGAGUUAGGAUCUUGAUCAGGCUUGUAAAUAUAUGGGCAAAGGGUGAAUACUAGCCAACGUCUCUGGUAGGUGUGAUAGCGACAGACGAGACAUGGGCCUAAUUUGUCCGGAGAAAGACUGUACACA